UAUAGUGCCUACAGGUGGCACCACUUUAGUAUUAUUAUGUUGUUGUGUUCUUUUAAAUAAAGCUAUUCAAGGAUUGAAGUGCCUCCGCAUGUGUUAUUUAUUCACAGUGCAUUUCAGAGUGUUUUAUAUAUAUAUGUUAUGCUAGUGAAAACAUAACAUAUUUGGCGACGAGGUGGAUUAAUUUUCCACAGAGCUACCACAGUGAAUCGUGAGUAGUUAGGCGCAUUUAAACUUUUCUUUUCUUUGCGUAGCUGAAGUGACAUAGGUUAGCUAAAAUGGCUGUUACCAUAGGCCAUAUGGAAGCUUUUGAUGAAAGUGUCGAACCAUGGACCACCUAUAUUGAGAGAUUUGAGCACUUUAUAGAAGCUAACAGCAUUGAUGUCGACAAGAAAGUACCUGUGCUACUAAGUGUAGUCGGAGGGAAAACAUACGGAUUGCUCCGAAGCCUGCUUGCGCCAGAAAAGCCGAGAGAGAAGAGUUUUAAGCACAUCACAGACACGCUACAGCAACAUUUUUCCCCGAAGCCCCUGAUCAUCGCGGAACGUUUUCGUUUCCACCGGCGGAAUCAAGAGGAGGGCGAGUCGGUGACACAAUAUGUUGCAGUGCUUAGAGGACUUUCAGAACACUGUGAAUUUGGGGGACAUUUGGAUGAUGCACUUCGCGAUAGAUUUGUGUGUGGUUUAAAGAGUGAGGCUACACAAAAGCGCUUGUUGACUGAAACUACACUGACGUUUCAAAGAGCGGUGGAGCUGGCGGUCUCCAUGGAAACAGCAUCACGCGAAGCACACCAACUUAGCGGAUCACUGACGGUAAAUGCAUUGUCUUUAUUAAAGAAUAAGACCGCAAACAAAUGUAAACGAUGUGGUAAGGACAACCAUAGUGAUGAUGACUGUUGGUUUAAGGACAAAAAUUGUAAUACAUGUGGAAAAAAAGGCCACAUCAGUCGUGUUUGCAGGAAGAGUAACUAUGACAGAAAAACAAAGAGUGGGAACAGAGCAAAAGCUGCACGACAAAUAAAAAAAUCUGGACAGAAAGGCUAUGUAAAGAAAGAAAGUGUGCACCACGUUGAUGCUGAUGCAGCAUCCAGUGAUGAUGAAACAGACUCUGAGUUAGCUCUGUAUAAACUGUCACAGCCAGGAGAAAAGUCCAGUAUCAUUGUGAAACCAGAAGUUGAAGGAAUACCACUUGAAAUGGAACUGGACACAGGUGCAGCAGUGUCUUUGAUUUCAACAGAGACUUAUAACAAAAUAUUGAAACACCUGCCCUUAUGCUCAACUGACAUUGUUCUUCGAACAUACACAGGACAAGCAUUAAACCCUGAAGGUGUAAUUGAUGUUCAUGUAAAAAUGGGCAAACAGACAGCUGUACUUCCUUUGUAUGUCGUGCAUGGCGAUUAUCCACCACUCUAUGGCAGAGAAUGGCUGCGUCAGAUUAAACUGAACUGGAAAGAAAUAAAAACGGUUAAAUUGAAGACGCUAGGAGCUGUUCUGGAGAAACAUGCAGCUGUUUUCUCUAAACAACUGGGAGAAAUGAAGAGCAUUAAAGCUAAACUGACAUUGAAGCCUGAGCACAAACCCAAGUUUUGUCAGCCCAGAGUUGUUCCAUAUGCUCUGCGUCCAAAAGUUGAAGAGGAGCUAAACCGUCUCACUGAAAUAGGUGUAUUGUCACCUGUACAGUACAGCGAAUGGGCUACCCCAAUAGUCCCUGUGGUGAAGAAAAACGGAGCAGUGCGCAUAUGUGGUGAUUUUAAAGUGACGAUAAACCCCGUCCUUCUCAUUGAACACUAUCCGUUACCACGUAUCGAAGACCUGUUCGCUUCUUUGGCGGGAGGACAAUGUUUUAGCAAACUGGAUUUGUCACAUGCUUACCUCCAGAUGAGGGUGGAGGAGGAGUCAAUGAAGUUCCUUACAAUUUCCACAGGAAAAGGGCUAUUCCAGUAUAAACGCCUUCCGUUCGGAAUUGCUUCGGCUCCAGCUAUAUUCCAGAGAGCUAUGGACCAAGUAUUACUAGGUCUUUCCAAUGUCCAUUGCUAUCUCGAUGACAUUCUUGUUACUGGGAGGACUGAAGCUGAACAUCUGGAAAACCUGGAUGCAGUCCUUGGACGCCUGGAAGAGUUUGGUUUGCAUGUUGAAAAAGGGAAAUGUGACUUCUUCAAGGACUCAUUGGAAUACUUGGGUCACAUAAUUGAUGCUGAAGGCUUGCACAAGUCACCUGAAAAAGUAAGUGCAAUUGUUAAUGCUCCAACCCCAUCAAACAUCACACAGCUGAGGUCAUUCCUUGGCCUGCUGAAUUAUUAUGGGAGAUUCAUACCUAAUUUGGCAACCAUAGCAAGUCCAUUGAACGCCCUGCUGUGUAAGGGGAAACGUUGGCAGUGGUCUUCAGUGUGUGAGGGUGCAUUUAAAAAGGCAAAAGAACAAUUAGUGUCACAAAAUGUCUUGACACAUUAUGACCCACAGAACGCAAUUCGGCUCGCGUGCGAUGCAUCACCAUACGGCAUUGGUGCCGUUAUCUCCCAUAUGUUACCCAACGGUGAAGAAAAGCCAAUAGCUUUCGCAUCACGCACACUUAGCAAGGCAGAACAGAAUUAUGCGCAGAUCGAGCGUGAGGCUCUGGCAAUCGUGUUCGGAGUCAGAAAAUUCCAUCAGUAUCUCUAUGGACGGAAAUUCACGCUUUUCACAGAUCACCGCCCCCUUACUACGAUCUUUGGACCACAGAAUGGAAUCCCAUCUAUGGCGGCGGCACGGAUGCAAAGGUGGGCAUUGCUUUUAUCUGCACACAACUACACCAUUGAGUACAAAAGAGGUGAACAUCAUGCAAAUGCUGAUGGUCUUUCCCGUCUGCCAUUACAAGUGGAACACAGAGAGAAAAAGGAUGCUGUUGAGCUGUUCUACCUCAGACAGGUAGAGAAGCUGCCUGUCAGUGCCACUGAUAUCCGACAUGAAACUAUGAGUGACCCUAUCUUGUCUACAGUAGUCGAGAUGGUUCUAAAAGGGACUCAAGCUGUCAGCCUGACAGAUAACAAUGCACUUUCGCCUUUCAUCUCCAAGUGCAAUGAACUGUCUGUCCAACAAGGGUGCUUAAUGCGGGGGUUGAGAGUCGUCGUUCCUCUCAAGUUGCGGAAAAGAGUGCUGGAGGAAUUGCAUACGGGCCACCCAGGAAUUGUCAGAAUGAAGUCCAUCGCUCGCAGUUAUGUGUGGUGGCCGGGAAUUGAUGCUGACAUUGAACUGCAAGUGAAAAUGUGUCAGUCAUGUCAACAAAUACAGAAAAUGCCACCCCAAGUGCCCCUCCACCCAUGGGAGUGGCCAAGCAAACCAUGGGAGCGCAUACAUGUUGAUUUCGCUGGGCCGUGUGAGGGCUACAUGUACCUAGUCGUGGUUGACGCGCAUUCAAAGUGGCCUGAGGUGCGGUUGAUGACAUCCACGACAGCGGGAAAAACAAUUGAUGUUUUAAGGAACCUGUUUAGUCAUUAUGGUCUUCCUGAAGUCCUUGUGAGCGACAACGGACCACAAUUUGUCUCUCAGGAAUUUGCACAUUUCCUGAAGGCCAACCAUGUGAAACAUAUCCGUUCGGCUCCUUAUCACCCGGCAACUAACGGGCAGGCUGAGAGGUUUGUCCAGUCAUUGAAACAAGCACUGAAGGCUUCUAAGGGCUCUUCUACUCUUCAGAAACGUCUGGAAACUUUCUUGCUGACGUAUCGCAACACGCCACAUCCAACGACAAAAGAGUCUCCUUCCCUGUUGUUUUUGGGACGCCAUUUGCGCACACGUCUUGAUGCCCUGCGACCUAGUGUGGCUGCUGCAGUGCGUUUCUCACAGACCUCUCAGGUUCUCCGCCGGGCUGGUCGUUCGAAGCAGAGGCAAUUGGGAGUAGGUGAUGUUGUGCUGGCUCGUGAUUAUAGGGGGAGAGAGAGAUGGACACCUGGAGUGGUGACGGCUCAAAGUGGUCCAGUAUCUUAUACUGUGGAUGUUGGUGCUUCUGAGGAAUGGAGGCGUCACACUGAUCAACUUUUGUCCAUUCCAAAUCAAACAGCUGAAACUCAGUUGAAAGUAUUACCUGAUAAUACGAAUGUGCCUGUUCCAGUGCAGAACUCUGUAAAUGCCUCUUCGUCUACGCCUCUAACUGAGACCAGAGAUGGUAUCGGUGAUACAUCAACAGAGUCUCAGAUGCAGCCUGGAAAACUCGACAUACCACCUACACAGGUCAGGCGUUAUCCAGCCAGAGUGAUUAAACCACCCAACCGUCUGACAUUAUAGGAUUAUGAAACCUGCUGGAUUGAACUGUAAUUAGUUAUGUUAGUGAGUCUGUUCUGAUAUGGGGCAGAAUAAUCCCCGAACUGACUCGAGGCAAGAGGCAGUCUACCCUCUACCUCUAGUGUAGAAUAUAUAAUUGCAUUAUGUUUGUUGUUUUUCAAAUGUUUUGAAGUCCUUCUUCAUCUAAGAGGGGAGGAGAUG